GGGACAUCAGCCCAAAACGCCACAGUCCUUACUGGCGUUCAGUACAGCGGUCCCAUGGUGGACAAGCGGGCGGCUACUCUGCCGUCCAAGUACGACGGGAGAGCAGACAUUACCUCUUGGAUUAGUUCCAUGCGGUCAUACUUCGAGGUUAUGCGGACACCGCGAGAGGACCGAAGUAUGAUAAUGGGGACUAAUACCGAGCCCGCCGUACGGAAUCACAUUGAGCUCCAACCUGUUGCUGCAGGCUAUGAACGAAUAGACCUGACUGAAUGGUUGAAGGUAACCCCAGUACGCACCCUUGAGGACCUUCUCCUCGCACGGUACCAAGACAAGCAUGCUGCGCUCAAGGCUAGGCUGAAGCUUGAGGCCCUCAAGGGUCAAACAUGGAGGUCCUCCAUGCAAGCUUUGGAACAACACUUGACUGGUAUGUUCACCACUCCAGAUCUGGGAAUGACUAACGUGUCUUGUAUGGAUGUAGUCAUGGGAGUGGCCCCUAAAGAAUACCUCUCCCUGUUGGCACUCAAAGACCAUACCACCUGGCGAGAGCUCACGACGGAUCUAGUCAACCUAGAGGCCAAGGACCUCGCCAGGCGGAAGAAGGCGCCCGUUGCAGGUGGGAAACCACAACGCAAGCGGUUUGGAAGCAGCAACCAGCUUGCACUGCAUGAUCAUCAGGAGGCUGAAGAUCAGUCCUAUGCGGAUGAUCUGUCUCUAAAUGACGAUCUAGAGCCGGACUCCGAUAUGGGCUGUUCCACUUCAGCCAUUGAGUCUGACGUCAACGAAGAUGAAAAACUGAAUGCUUUUAGAAAGACUGCUUCGAACAAGGGGCCCAACCGUGGUUCGGGUAAGGGAACUGUUGUCCACCUCCCCAAGAAUGCAAGGAUCCCUGAGAAACCGGAGGAUGCAUCUACCAAGCCUUGGGAAGCCCUCAGUAUCAGUCAGAAAGAAUGGGAAAGAAGAUCUGAACUGCGCAUAUGCCUGCAUUGUCAAAAGCCUGGGCAUGUUGUGCAGGACUGUUUUCGACUGCAGGGGAAACAAGCAAAGGGCGUAGAGGAGUCCUCAACACUCCCUACAACAAGGGAAGUUGGAACAUCAGUUGCAGGCCCCUCCGAUGAGCCUGAAUCUGAUCAACAGCCCACUCUUGAAGCCCGGAACGACGUUGAAUCCAAGGCUGCUGCAAUUCAUGUGCUUUACACUGAGCCUUGGGAGGAGUCUAAGGAAGUUGACUUCCACGCUCACAUGGAACACUGGCUGCAGCUCAAGCAGCAACGCCGUGUCCAAGGGAGUUUGGAGCUAACCUUCUUUAAACUGCUCAUUAACCGCCGUUACAUCCGCGUGCUGAUUGAUAGUGGUUCAACCACUAAUUUCUUCUCUCCUAACGGGAUUCGUAAGGCGGGCAUGGGAAUGAAGCAAGUGGGAUUGCAGAACCCUUGUCAGACCCAGGUGGGCAACCAAGAGGUUGUCACCUCUACACAUGCUGUCAAAGGUGUGCGCGUCACCUUUGACAAGGACCGCACUGUCACACAUGAGCUCAACUUCUAUGUCAUGGACAAGUGUCCGUUCGACGCGGUCAUUGGCUUGGGCUGGUUAAAGGCUCAUUGCCUAAGGACCAUGUGGGCGGACAAUCAGUUCGUGGUGCGUGAUGCCAAGGGGAACGAGCGUACCGUCCUAUUGGAUGAGACGCGCGAGUCCCCUGUGACUCUUCUAAGUGCAACCAAAUUCUGCAAAGCAGUGCGCAGGCGCAAGGAAAUUGAGCAUGUACAUGUAGCUUUUGUAAAGCCUCUCCAUGUGCCUUCUACUUUUGCUGCGUUUUCUACCUCCGUAAGUAACUCUACUUCUACCACCCCUGCUUCUAAUGUGAAUAAUCCUUCUACUUCUAAUCCGGUCGUCAUUGCUGUAAAUUCUCUGUCUAAUUUUCUUUCUCCUGAUGAGGAUGAUCCUCCACCGGAAGUCCCAACAAACAUUCGCCAACUAUUAGAUCGAUUCCCUGAAGUUUUGGUCGAACCUCUUGGAGUUCCCGAGCGUUCGGUCAAACACAAAAUCGAGAUAAUAGAGGGUAGUGUUCCUCCAAAGAGUUGCGUCUACCGUAUGGGACAAGGCGAGUUGGAGGAGUUGAGAAGGCAGAUUGAUGAUAUGAUUGACCGUGGAUGGAUUAGGCCUAGUGAGUGUGAGUUCGGUGCACUUGUCAUGUUUGUGCCAAAGAAAGGAGGCAAACUCCGGAUGUGUAUUGACUAUCGUGGCCUUAAUCGGAUCACCAGAAAGAAUGCGUACCCUUUGCCUCGCAUAGAUGAUUUGCUAGAUGCGGCAGGUGGGUGCAAGGUCUUCUCCAAGAUCGACCUCAAAUCUGGUUACCACCAGAUUGAAGUUGAUCCGAGUGAUCAGCACAAGACUGCAUUCAAAACACGCGAUGGGCUGUACGAGUUCAUCGUUAUGCCUUUCGGUCUUACGAAUGCACCGACCACAUUUCAGUGCCUCAUAGACAAGGUACUUCGCCACCAACUCAACAGGUUUGUGGUUGUGUACCUUGACGAUAUCCUGAUCUUCAGUAAAACCAUGGAAGAGCACCUCAAGCACCUUGAGGAAAUUCUGCAGGUCCUCAAGGAGGCGCAACUGCACCUCAACUUAGAGAAAUCUGAGUUUGGGAGGGACAGCGUCAUCUAUCUCGGGCAUAGGUUGUCUGCAAACGGCCUUGAGCCGGAGGCAACCAAGGUUGAGGCUGUUAUAACCGGAUUGCUGAUGCGCUGCCUCGUGGGUUCGUAUGACCUCCGAAGGAAACUGAAGGAGGAUCUGGUCGAACACACCGCCAAGGAUCCGGACCUUAGUCCCAUCCUUGAGCAGCUCAAGGCUGACCCGAACAGUCAGCUUGAUUUUCAUGAGUGCGAGGGUCUUGUAUUCCGCCGGUAUGGGAAGUUUGAUCGCUUAUGUGUACCCAACCAUGAGCCUCUCCGAACGCAUUUCUUGGAUCUGGCACAUGGUCGGAGUGGAAAUUUCGGCGUUGAGAAGACCUAUGAAACUCUUCUGCAGCAGUUUGACUGGCCCGGAAUGAAAGGAUCUGCUCAGAAUUUAUUGUUGAAUGUCAGAUUCACCAGCAAAGAUUGGAAGGACUUUACCUCUAAAAUCUAUGACAUUAAACUGAACAAGACUUCUGGUCGACACCCCGAAGCCAAUGGUUUGGCCGAGGAGAUCAACCAGACUGUCAUCCAACUACUUUGCGCAUUGAUUGUUCCAGAUCAGAACAUGUGGGACAAGGAGCUGCACAAAGUGAAGGGACUGUAUAACAACUCCAUCCACUCUGCAACUGGCGUGACACCAAACCAGUUGCAAUAUGGAUGGCCGAUGCGUAAUCCCCUCUCCUAUCUGUUCCCUGCACGGUCACCUGGUCUGAUGCCCGGCAUGCCUGGCUACAAUGCCAAGUACGCACGCUUGCUCAAAGUUGUUAUUGCAGCCAUGAACAAACGCCAACAUGCCAUGAUCAAACAUGCUAACAAGUUGCGCAAAGAAGAAAAAUUCAAAGUAGGGGAUUAUGUUUGGGUUAAAAUGUCUGAGUUUUCCGAUGAAGAGGGCAUAUCACGAAAACUCCUUCCAUUGUACUAUGGCCCUUGGCAGAUUCUCAAGGUGAUUGGGGAUGAUUUUGGUCCUUCAUACGUGAUUAACGUGCCCCCUCAUCUGCGCACGUAUCCGGUCUUUCAUGCGUCCAAACUGUUUCCACAUAUUGAUGAUGAGACGUUUCCCUUCCGAGACCCUAUGAUACCUCGCCCUAUCGACGACGGCCAUGAGAUAGACAGAAUCAUUUUUCACGAGGGAAGAGGGAGGAACAGACAGUACAAGGUUCACUUCCUCUAUCACCCGUUGACUGAGUUCUUCUGGAUCGACCGAAAAGAGCUGCUAAAGAGUGUUCCCCGUGUUGUGAACGCUUAUGAACGACAAAUCACUUAGGGACAGACUGCUAAAUUUGUUGCGACCAUGACUCCUCACGGACUUACCAAGUCUCCCCUUCUGAUUUAUUCUUAUGAUGCAUUUUGUGCCAACUCUGAAUGAGUUACUCGCUCAAAGGGACCUCGCUCUUGAGAGGGGGGUAAUGUAAUGACCCGCCAAAAACACAGACUGAGAACACUGUUGAUUUAUGGGAUUUGCCGCUGGAAUGAAUGCCUUGCUGAAAU